AUGGGUUUCCUCACGCGAUGGCUCGCCGGGAAGAUGGAAGACCCGGCGAAGCGUCAGGCGGAUUUCGAGAAGCACAUGACGACGACGAUGGCGAAGUGCGAGGAGAUUAAGAAGAACUGGGAGCAACCCACGAAGACCCACAGGUGGUGGACCAAGGACCGCAACCAGCUGACCUACAAAUUCAGCCUGGAGCCCAUGCUGGUGAACGCGCCGGGACGCGCGCAGAAUUGGUGAUUUUUUUGGGCGCGGGCGGGUCCGGCUUGGGGGCGAGCGCCCGACGGACGACGCCGCGAUGUCGUCGGCCCUGGAACAGCCUUGUUUCUCACCACGCGUCUGAUUCCGGUUCUUCUUAAGGACGUCCAAGGAGCCAACUCGCUGAAUGCAAGGGACGACGUCCUCAACGUUGGUUGGGAGACGUUGUCGUGGCGUUGAAAGAUAUUCAGCGAGUUGGAUUCCUUUCACGCCGCAUCAGACGCGUGUCUUGUUCCAGGGGCGACGACGUGACGCGCUCGAUUGAUGAACGACGACUAUGUCGACCGCAGACGCCUUUGAUGCAAUCCUCCGGCUUCGUGUAAUGAGCCUCCAGGUUCAUGGCACGUAGUAAUUUCCGUUGAUGCUCCUUGCUUCAAAGGCGUCUGCGGUAUUCAUCAAUCCAGCUCGUCGUCAUCGCGCGACGUCCGUCGAGACGCUCUGUAGUUUAACUAAAAUCUCGUGUAUCCAUUCAUCGUUGUAAUAGCUCAUCACACUGACGAAACACCU